AUGUGUCAAGGUCCACAUAUGCGCGUAGAGGAUGGCCACAGUCCUGGCCACGCCGCCAUUCUUGCGCAUAACGCCCAGCCUCGCAGGAACCCUGGAUACAAUAUGCAAGCAAACUUUGCUGCCCCUCCAGGUCAACAGCAACGUCAGACUAGCGAUCGGGGCCAGCAAAACCGGCAAAUACAACUUUGGUCUGUCGAGUACUAUGCCCAUGAGAGCCGUCGAAUCGGCCCUCGUGCUGUUGACAAUGAGAUUAUUCAUAAAUGUCUGCGCCACAAGUUGGAUUCACUUGCCUGA